AUGCUGCUUUGGAUCCUCUUGCUGGAGACGUCGCUUUGUUUGGCCGCCGGGAAUGUGACCGGGGACGUUUGCAAAGAGAAGCUCUGCUCCUGCACCGAGGUCGAGGGCGACCUGCACGUCGACUGCGAGAAGAAAGGCUUCACCAGUCUCCAGCGCUUCUCGGCCCCCACGUCCCAGUUCUACCAUUUGUUCCUCCACGGCAAUUCCCUCACUCGCCUCUUCCCCAAUGAGUUCGCCAACUUCUACAAUGCCGUCAGCCUGCACAUGGAGAACAACGGCUUGCACGAGAUCGUGCCGGGGGCUUUCCUGGGGCUGCAGCUGGUGAAGCGGCUCCACAUCAACAACAACAAGAUCAAGUCCUUCCGCAAGCAGACCUUCCUGGGGCUGGACGACUUGGAGUACCUCCAGGCCGACUUCAAUCUCUUGAGGGACAUCGACCCGGGGGCCUUUCGGGACCUCAACAAGCUGGAGGUGCUGAUCCUCAACGACAACCUCAUCAGCGUCCUGCCGGCCAACGUGUUCCAGUAUGUGCCCAUCACCCACCUGGACCUGCGGGGCAACCGCCUGAAAACCUUGCCUUAUGAGGAUGUCUUGGAGCAGAUCCCGGGCAUUGCUGAGAUCCUGCUGGAGGACAACCCUUGGGACUGUACCUGCGACCUGCUCUCCCUGAAGGAAUGGCUGGAAAACAUCCCAAAAAACGCGCUGAUCGGCCGGGUGGUUUGUGAAGCCCCCACCCGCCUGCAGGGCAAGGAUUUAAACGAGACCACCGAGCGAGAGCUCUGCAGGAAGAACCGGGUGGACUCCAGCUUGGCAGCUCCCCCAGCAGAGGAAGAGACCUGCGACCCAGGCCCCAUCCCCACUCCCUUUAAGGUCCAGGGCAAGGAGGACCCGGCCACUCCUGGCUCUGUGCCUCAUGGGGGCACAAAGAUCCCUGUCAACUGGCAGAUCAAGACCAGACCCACCGUGGCCAGCUCGGUGCUCAGCGCCAAAGGCAAGUCCUCCACCAGCACCCCUUGCCCUGCUACUUGCACCUGUCAUCAGAUCCCUGGUGGAUUCAAGGUGAACUGCAAUGAAGGCAACAUCAGCAGCUUGGUGGACCUCAAACCCAAGCCUGCCAAUGUGCACGAGCUGUUCUUAAGGGGCAACAAGAUCCACACCAUUCGGAAGUCACAUUUUGUGGAUUAUCGGAAACUGAACCUGUUGGACUUAGGCAACAACAACAUUGCCACCAUGGAGAACAACACUUUCAAGAACCUUUUGGAGCUGGUGUGGCUAUACAUGGACAAUAACUAUUUGGACAUUCUGUCCCGGGAGAAGUUCAAUGGCCUGCAAAACCUUGAAUACUUAAACAUGGAAUUUAACGUCAUCCAACUAAUCAUGCCAGGGACAUUUAACGCCAUGCCCAAACUAAGAGUCCUCAUCUUGAAUAACAACCUACUGAGAUCCCUCCCCGUUGACGUCUUUGCUGGGGUAUCUCUGUCCAAACUCAGCAUCCACAACAACUAUUUCCUGUUCUUGCCAGUGGCAGGUGUACUGGACCAGCUCACCUCUAUCACCCAAAUAGAUCUGCAUGACAACCCAUGGGACUGUAAGUGCCCCAUUGUUCCUUUUAAACAAUGGGUGGAGAUGUUGAGGCCCAAAGUAAUGAUGAGUGACCUGAGAUGUGAGACACCAGAAGAAUUCUUCAAAGAAGAUUUUGAAUCCCUCUCCAAUGAGGCUAUUUGCCCUCAGCUGAAAGUCUUGCCCACCUUGACUUCUGCUCACAAGAACAGCACUGGCUUGGCUGAGACUGGGACUCACUCCAACUCUUACCUGGAGACCAGCAGAGUCUCCAUUUCAGUGCUGGUGCCUGGCCUUUUGUUAGUCUUUGUCACCUCUGCCUUCACAGUGGUUGGCAUGCUGGUCUUCAUCUUGAGGAACCGGAAACGCUCCAAGAGGAGGGAUGCCAACUCCUCUGCCUCUGAGAUCAACUCCUUACAGACAGUCUGUGACUCCUCCUACUGGCACAAUGGACCUUACAAUACAGAUGGAGCUCAUAGGGUAUAUGACUGUGGCUCUCACUCCUUAUCAGACUGAGGCACAAGAGUGGGAAACUACAAAAAUAAAAAUAUUCAAAUCAUAUAUGGGCAAUCAGUUCAACUUCAGCAGCUAGCAACCUCAAUUCCCCUCCAGUGGUUCAACAGCUCUUUUCCCGUGAUCUGUGCAUUGCUGUCUCGUCCAUUGGUGUGAAUGGACCACAACAAGGGAUGAGGCUUAACCUGCCUAAAGCUACCUUCUGGUGACUAAAGCUACCUUCUGGUGAUAAAUAUCCAACCCCACUCACCAAACUGGAGGAAAAGGUUUGAGUGGGGGCUUGCUUUUUUCCCCUCCCUAUUCCCCUACCUGCCUAGUCCCAACUUGAGGCUUUGCUUGGUGUAACUGUGCCUAGUUAAUGAGAAGGAAAGAAGGAUCUACUGAAAAAAUGGCAGCUCAACAUGGAGGCAAGACCCACAGAGAGGACACACUCUCUUGCGGAUGACCUACAAUGACCAAGUGGAUUUAGUGGCUGUACAUGAUGGGGAGAGAAAGACUCUCACUAGUGCUCUCCUCGCUGUGAACAAAGCAGGAGUGUCCAGUUGCACGAAGGCAUGAAUGUAUUGUAAAUAAGUAACUCUGAUCUAGAACAAACCAACCAACCCAAGUUGCUGCAUGGUUCGCAUGGAUACAAACUACCCAGGGACGCUUCAGCCCCAAAUGGAAGCAGCGUCCAGUUCACCUCGUCCUCCCUCUUACCUGAUAAGUUCCAUCGUAUCAAACUUUCUAUAUACAAAAUACAGUAUAAUAAGAAUAAAAAGUGCCAUUUCGCCAUUAUUUUUGUGUGAUUGCUAGGCAGUAGAGAUCGUCCUUUUACUGUGAAACAAACAAGGAAAAAUGUAAAGAUUUUAUUUAAGACAUGUUUGCAUGGCUAUAUUCUCAUGGGUUCAGGUUUUGCAUUUGAGGGGGGGGAGAUUACUUUUGGGGGCAAUUUUUCUCUCUGUUGGGGAAGGGAGGAGGGGGCUGGUUUGCUUCUGGUUAUUUUUGAGUUUCCUUUGGAAGAAUUCACAUUUCAAAUAAUGCCUUUCCAUCUGAAUGUAAAACAAACAAACAUGAAAAGAAUACCCACAGCUGGUGAUAAAAAUGUUAGAAUAAUGGAAUUUCUUUUUAAAAAAAAAGAAAAAGAAAGAAAAGCAAAACAAGAACCCGAAUAUCAGAAGCAGCUAAGCAUGACCACUUAGUGCCACCUGAGUGCUUAAGCUGCAGAGUUCAAUGGUGAAAGAUUUUUGUGCUCUUCUAAAUCUCAGUCUUUAAAAAACAAACCAAUGAGGGGGGAGGGGAAUAUCUGAGCUGAGAGAAAGCAAGCAAAGGAGACUUACUCAUCCUAUUCGAGGAUUUUAUAAUGGCAUAUUUUUUCAGUAUUAAAGUGAAAACGUUUUCAAAGCUUGGGUCACUCCUAUUUUUUUUUAAUUGCCCCUUCACUCUUGUGUCAUUUUCUUAUUUCAAGAGGGAUUUUUUUUACUGUAUUGUGUUGUAAUUUUAGUGGUGCCAGAAUGGGGCUGGGGGGAAUUGCUUUGCUUUCAUUCAAGUGCGAGUCCUGCAAUGUGCUUCUUUCUGGUUCUAAACUAUGUAAAUUUCACUCAGCAGUGGUCCACCUUCCCUUUCCCUCCCUCCCCCUCCCCUCCCCUCCCUUCCCUUGAAUGCAGCACUGAAAUCCUUUAUUAAUACUGGGUAUGCUAUUGGUGGUGCCAAUGCCGCUGCUGCCGCUGCACACUGCAGAUAGACGAGGGAGGUGGGUGGGAAUUUGAUUUAAUUGACUCUGCCUUAGAUCACUCUCAUUAAUACAGGGACCAGACUUCAUUGGGCAGCAAUUCUUUAAACUGGAUGAUGGACAGGCUAGGGUGCCGGUGGCAAUUGGGCUUCAACAUCUGUUAGAGAUGGAGCAAGAAAAAGAAAGAGGGAGAGAGAGGAGAGGUAAACUAAUUUGUGGUGGAAUUUCCUAACCCCUUUUUUCCACCUCUGAGUCCAGUCACCUUUUAGGUCUUAAAUAAAUCCUUCAGUGCCCCUUAUGCCAGACCUGAGCCCAUCGCCUUUGAUUUCCCUUGCACAAUAGGCUGGCCCUUAACUAGAUAAUACAUGCCAAGGCACAACCCCCCCGCUUCCAAAAAAAAUCAAUUGCAGUUUCCUUAUCUGAAAAUCCCAGUGGAGAAAUGAAAGAUUUCAGUCACGUUGCUUCUGGCUUUCUGCAGGCAGAGACUCCUUUUAAAGAGGAGAAGCACUGGAAGGGACGAAGCGCAACUUCAGAAGAACAGACGGGGAUGUUGUGUAAAAUAUACAUAUAUGGCUCCCUUUUUGUUCAUAUAGGUGGUGAAAGGAAAAGAAAAAGGAAGGGAGGGAAAAACGACAGAGCGAAACAAGACACUCUAAAAUCAGUUUGUAAAGAGCUGAAGUGUUACUGGGAGCGCUGUAGAGAUGGGAACUGAAUGAUAUGCCAAGAGCAUAUGGGAACUUCCCAAAUUUUGUCUUGCUAUUUCAUAUUGUUUGUAUAACUUUUUUGGUAAUAAAACAAAAGCCUUGUUGCUUUGUAUAAACUAUG